AUGGAACAAACUUUACAGGACACUUUGGAGGGGGGCGAUGAGACUGUUCAGCAGCAACCCCCUCCACUGAAACCCACGUCUUGUGGGGAAAAAUCUCUUCAGGAAAAACUGUAUGACAUUUAUGUGGAGGAGUGUGAAAAGGAGCCAGAAGCAGAGGGCCUUCGAAGCAAUGUCAACUUGCUAGAGAAGCUUAUGAAGAGAGAGCCAUUGCCAUGUUUAGUGGUCAGCCUGUACCCAGAAAACCAGGACUAUUCUCUCAUGCUCAAGGAUAAAGAUGGAGUCCUUAUAGAGCCCUAUCCAGGGCCGUAUGUAGGACAGAAACUGCUUGAAUAUUUGGAUGCUGAAGAGUUACCUUCCUUUCUGAUUGAUAUUCUGGAAAAGUCUCCUGUGAAUGUUUUUCACAGUGGCUGUGUCAUAGCAGAAAUCCGAGACUACAGGCAGUGUGGUGACAUCUACCCUCCCGAGGAGCCUGCUGCAGAGGCUGCUGUGUCCUCUCCUGCUUGCCAAGUCCGGCAUAUUCUCUUACGUCCAACGAUGCAGUCUCUAGUAAGCGAUGUCGAGUCCAUGACAAGUGACAGCAGUCAGUGGACCCAGGAAGCAAAACAGGAGCUUGAGAGCCAACUGAUCUUAGCUACAGCAGAGCCACUGUGUCUGGAUCCUUCUGUUGCUGUCACCUGCACGGCCAACAAAUUGCUGUUUAAUGAGCAGAAGAUGAACACUAACCCCAUGCGGCAAUGCUUCAAGAGGCAUGCAUGCCCCUCUCUGGAUCAAGAGGAGGUACCAUCUGGGUGUUCUUGUCCCCCUGACUUAAUGACAACCACUCCUUGCAAAAAGCAGGCAAAAAUAAGUCCAGAUAACCCAUCUGACCUGCAGAUUGAUGGAACAGAAACAUGCAACCAGAGUCCCUGUGAACUGACUGUGCCUUCAGAGAUGGACUUGGAGAGCUUUGUUAAAGAGUUGCUAUCUCUGCCCUUUGAUGAGACUGAACCAACCAUCUCAGCAAUUCCUGAGGUAAAAUAUGAUUGUAUGUUUGAUUGUGAGGAUGACAGUCAGCUAUGGGAUAGGAAUGAAGAUAUCAUGGAGUGCCUUAAUACGCUUCUCAAUGAGGAAAUAGAGCCACUUCCAGAGGGCAGCAGUGCUAACGCCAUGUCUCUCCCUCCUGUUGCCCUGG